CACUGACAGAUCAUAAAUGGAAUUUUGAUUGACUUGUAUACCUACAUCUUAUUAAAGUUUUUGAAAUAAGUACAUACAUAAGUGCGUUGAAUUGUAAGGACAUUGCGUUUAAAUAUAAUUUCUUUCAAUAAUACGGUUGUACAAAUAAAAUAAAAUGCCGUUAAUAGAUAUUACAAAUCCGGCUAUAAUAAAAUUUCUGGUCGAGAGCUACGACAAAACCGCUCGACUUCGUAUGAAAUGGAACAACUUGUACGGUGACAGACUCCGCGAGGCUGCCACGCUGAACAGGCCGGACACGGGCCGCACUACAUAUGACGUGUUCAAGGUUACUAUGAUUGGUGGCAUGCCGGCGAUUACCAGAGAUCAUAUCUCGUCAGGCUACAACAGAAAACGUGUCCCCAUGCGGGACGGCACAUUCAUCCCUGGAGUGGCGCAUUUGCAAAAAGGUCACUCUAUAGUGGAUGUGGGUCUCGGUGAUCCCAAAGAAGAUCCUAGGUUGGCUCGGCCGGAUACUGACACUAGAGCGGACCCUAUUAUGCGAAUAGUUGAUCCCGAGGACACGAAAAUAAUCUACAAAGACAAACCCUUCUACGGUCGACUCGUUUAUUUAAAGCGAAGGUCUAAAAAGGCACCAGAAGAUAAGUAUUAUUUUAAAGAAUGUUCCGGCUGGGACUACGGGUGGCGGCUGAAGGACAGCUUCUUCUCGAAAGGCAAAGCGAAGCACGGCCGCGUGUGGAGACUCAACCGCGACAACAAGAGCCGCUCUGGCCCGCAGCCCGACCCUGCUCACUACAACAGUGCUGAUACACCGUCCGCAAACAAGUGCACUGAUUAAUUUAGAUGUAAUUUUUUUGUUAAGUUUUCUUUAAUAUAUUUUUAAG